GCGCUAGAACAAAAAACAAAAAUGUCAUUAUUAAAUUCCCGUCCUUUAACCAUCUCGACCUUCCAACCCCAAUCUCUUCAUCCUCACUUCCCCAACCACCUCCAUACUCCCUCUGUCCCUUUUUCAUCGAUUCCGAAUCGCCAUGGCUCAAGAUGGAUCCGUGGAAUCUGCCGCAGCUCGCUACGAGUCGGCAUUGGAUGCGUUGUCGUCGUUGAUAACGAAACGGAGUCGUGCUGAUAAGAGCAAUAAGGGAGAUCGCUUCGACUUGCUUUUUGAUUAUUUGAAAAUUUUGGAAUUGGAGGAGGCAAUUUCAGAGAUGAAAAUCAUCCAUGUAGCUGGCACCAAAGGAAAGGGAUCAACGUGCACGUUCGCUGAGUCUAUAUUACGUAAUUGUGGGUUCCGAACUGGCCUUUUCACAUCUCCUCACCUUAUUGAUGUUCGAGAAAGAUUUCGAUUGGAUGGGGUGGAAAUAUGUGAGGAGAAAUUCUUGGAAUAUUUCUGGUGGUGCUAUGAUAGGCUGAAGGAAAAAACCAAUGAAGAUUUCCCAAUGCCUACAUACUUUCGCUUCCUGGCCUUGCUUGCCUUCAAGAUAUUUGCAGCAGAGCAGGUUGAUGUUGCUAUCUUGGAGGUUGGUUUAGGUGGAAGGUUCGAUUCGACAAAUGUGGUUCAGACACCUAUUGUGUGUGGUAUAUCUUCCCUAGGGUAUGACCACAUGGAGAUUCUAGGAAAUACUCUCGGAGAAAUUGCUGGGGAGAAGGCUGGUAUUUUUAAGCGAGGGAUUCCAGCCUUUACUGCACCUCAACCUGAUGAGGCAAUGCAUGUGCUUGAAGAGAAAGCUUCCAAGUUGAAUGUACACCUUCAAGUGGCACAUCCACUAGAUGCAAGCUUGCUGAAUGGUCUAAAACUUUCACUUGAAGGUGAACAUCAAUAUUUAAAUGCUGGUCUUGCUGUUGCACUAUGUUCUGCUUGGCUUCAGAGAACUGGUCAUCCUAUCACCAACUCGAAUCAAACUGGUUCACUGCCUGAACAGUUCAUCAAGGGCCUAACAACAGCAAGUUUGCAAGGGCGGGCUCAAAUUGUCUGUGAUCAAUUUACUGGCAUUGAAAGCCCUGGAGAUCUGGUUUUUUAUCUGGAUGGAGCCCACAGUCCUGAAAGCAUGGAAGCAUGUGCCAGGUGGUUUUCUCUUUGCAUUAAGGAAGGCAAUCAGCAAGCUAACUUCAAUUAUCAGGCACAGGAUUAUACUGAAUCCUCAAAUGAAGUGGCACAGCAGCAACCCGACGAGAGAUCUAAGAAGGAUACCGCCCAGAUUCUGCUGUUCAAUUGUAUGUCAGUGCGAGAUCCACAUUUGCUUCUGCCAUGUUUGAUGAGAACAUGUGCCAGUCAUGGUGUCUGUUUCAAGAAGGCACUUUUUGUACCAAACAUGUCUGUGUAUCACAAGGUUGGAUCCCAUACUUUACCAACAACUGAUCCUCAAGUUGAUUUGUCAUGGCAAUUCACUCUUCAAAGAGUAUGGGAAAACCUUAUGCAGGGUGAUAAAGGAGGGGAGGCCAUUAGCACAGAUCAAGCUUGUGAAGAAGUGAAAGAUGAUACAGGAAUGAGCGUUAGGAGUUGUAAUAACAGUUCUGUCUUUUCUUCGCUACCAUUGGCCAUCAAAUGGCUCAGGGAUGCUGCCCAGAAGGAUCGAUUUGUUAGAUUUCAGGUCCUGGUAACCGGUUCCUUGCAUCUUGUUGGUGAUGUCUUAAGAUUAAUCAAGAAAUGAGGUUGAACCUCCCUUUGUGCUCCUACCUGGCAACAGCCCUUGCUUCAUUGUCCUUUCCAAGUGAGGCAACUUCUCCAUGCUGUCUGUGUUGCCAAAUCUCUCACUUUCUGAGCUUUCUCGGUUUUAGGUUUACACGUUCGGUUAACGAAAUCCGGAAUUGGCUUGUGCAAAUGCAGCAUUGUUUCUGUAACAAGUUGAGACAAGAAAAUGCAACAAAACAUUGCAAUUCAUUUUUAAUGACAAUUACAUGUAAUCUUUUUCCCCUUUUUACCCAAAAGACAGUUCCUUGAAUUUUUUUUUUUU